AUGAUUAAAGGUCUUAAACUUCAAGAAAAAGGGUAUGAAUUGUUGAAAGAUCCUGAGAAAUAUAGACGGUUAGUUGGACGUCUUAUAUAUCUGAAUUUUACUAGACCUGAUUUGGCAUAUAGUGUACAGCAACUCAGUCAAUUCAUGAAUGAGCCAAAUAUUGUUCAUUGGCAGGCAGCUCUUAGAGUGGUUCGAUACUUAAAAGGUUCACCAUCGUUAGGCCUGUUUUAUUCUUUCAAUAAUAACUUGUGUUUGGAAGCUUUUUCAGAUGCAGAUUGGGGAAAUUGUGAUGUAAGCAGAAGGUCUCUUACAGGAUUCUGCAUCAAACUAGGGGAUUCACUCAUUUCCUGA